CAGGAUCCUGCUGGCAUAUUCGAACUGGUGGAGGUGGUGGGCAAUGGGACGUACGGGCAGGUCUACAAGGGCCGCCAUGUCAAGACCGGGCAGUUGGCUGCUAUCAAAGUCAUGGACGUCACUGAGGAUGAAGAGGAAGAGAUCAAGCAAGAGAUAAAUAUGCUGAAGAAGUAUUCGCACCAUCGAAACAUCGCCACCUACUACGGGGCCUUCGUUAAGAAGAGCCCCCCUGGGAAUGACGACCAGCUCUGGCUCGUGAUGGAGUUUUGUGGGGCCGGCUCCGUGACCGACCUGGUGAAGAACACCAAGGGCAACGCUCUGAAGGAGGACUGCAUCGCCUACAUCUGCCGGGAGAUCCUCAGGGGCCUGGCCCACCUCCACGCACACAAGGUGAUCCACCGAGACAUCAAGGGCCAGAACGUCCUCCUCACCGAGAAUGCCGAAGUGAAGCUGGUUGACUUUGGGGUGAGCGCCCAACUGGACCGCACAGUGGGCCGUCGGAACACCUUCAUCGGCACCCCUUAUUGGAUGGCCCCAGAGGUGAUCGCUUGUGACGAGAACCCCGACGCCACAUACGACUACAGGAGCGACAUCUGGUCCCUGGGGAUCACCGCCAUUGAGAUGGCCGAGGGAGCGCCUCCCCUGUGUGACAUGCACCCCAUGCGGGCGCUCUUCCUCAUCCCUCGCAACCCUCCGCCCAAGCUGAAAUCCAAGAAGUGGUCCAAGAAGUUCAUUGACUUCAUCGACAGCUGCCUGGUCAAGGCCUACACCAGCCGCCCCCCGACGGAGCAGCUCCUCAAGUUCCCCUUCAUCCGGGACCAGCCCACGGAGCGGCAGGUCCGCAUCCAGCUCAAAGACCACAUCGAUCGCACCCGCAAGAAGAGGGGGGAGAAAGAUGAGACGGAAUACGAAUACAGUGGCAGCGAGGAAGAGGAUGACGGGCGUGGAGAGGAAGGCGAGCCCAGCUCCAUCAUGAACGUCCCCGGGGAGUCCACGCUGCGGAGGGAGUUCCUGCGCCUGCAGCAGGAGAACAAGAGCAACUCGGAGGCCCUGAAGCAGCAGCAGCAGCAGCUGGCGGCGCAGCACCGGGACUCGGAGGCCCAUAUCAAGCACCUCCUGCACCAGCGCCAGCGGCGCAUCGAGGAGCAGAAGGAGGAGAGGCGGCGGGUUGAGGAGCAACAACGCCGCGAACGGGAGCAGCGGAAGAUGCAGGAGAAGGAGCAGCAGCGGCGGCUGGAGGACAUGCAAGUGAUGCGGCGGGAGGAGGAGCGGCGGCAGGCCGAGCGGGAGCAGGAGUACAAGCGGAAGCAGCUGGAGGAGCAGCGCCAGUCGGAGCGGCUCCAGCGCCAGCUGCAGCAGGAGCACGCCUACCUGAAGUCCCUGCAGCAGCAGCAGCAGCAGCAACAGCUUCACAAGCAGCAGCAGCAGCAGCAGGAAAAGAAGCCCCUGUACCACUACAACCGCAGCACAAACUCUGCCGACAAACCCACCUGGGCACGGGAGGUGGAAGAGCGGGCACGCAUGAACAAGCAGAACUCCGCCUCCCCCGUCGCCAAGGGCAAGACGGGGAGCGGGGGGCCAGAGUCGGUGCCCCCCUCCCGCUCCGAGUCAGCCUCACUCAGCUCCUCCCCUGCCUCGCAGACCCCGCCCAUGCAGCGCCCCGUUGAGCCCCAGGAGGGGCAGCACAAGAGCCACCUGGCCCAUCGCGUCCCGCUCAAACCAUACGCUGCCCCCGUCCCUCGCUCCCAGUCGCUGCAGGACCAGCCCAGCAAGAACCUGGCCGCUUUCCCUGCCCACGACUCCACCUCCUCCUCCGCCCCAUCCCCACCUCGAGCGGGCAUGAUCCGGCAGAACUCGGACCCCACCUCGGAGGGCCCGGCCCCGCAGCCGUCCCGACCCACAGCCGAUCAGCGAGGACCACCCUGGGUCAAAAUGGAUCCCGAGCCCCCUCCCAAGGUUCCCCAGCGGACAUCCUCCAUCGCGACGGCGCUCAACACCAGCGGGGCCAUGAGUGGCAACAGCCGGCCGGUGCACGCCGUUCGAGCCAGGCCCCGUAGCAAGUCCGCCUGGCAUAUCCACAUGCAGAGCCGGCUGGAGAGGGGUCCCCGGUGGGAUCCUUCGCCAGUCCCUCCUCCCCCCCAGGCCGCAGGCCGGACCCCGCCCUGGGACCCGCCGGCUCCCGUGCCCAACGCCAGUAGCAACCCCGACCUCCGGAGGAGCGACCCUGGCUGGGAGCGCCCGGACAAUCUGCUGCAGUCGGGGUCUGCCCAUCUGCCCCAGGCGGGCUCACUGGAGCGCAACCGUGUAGGAGCCCCCCUGAAGCUGGACAGCUCCCCAGUGGCUCCCAAGGCGGACGACCACCGUUCGCGGCCCGGCCGGCCAGCCAGCUAUAAGCGGGCAAUUGGCGAGAACUUUGUGCUGCUGCGAGAACGCCCAGAGGAUGCAGCCCCCAAGCCCCUCAAGAAGGCCAUGGACUACUCAUCCUCCAGCGAGGAGGUGGACUCCAGCGAGGAGGAGGAGGAGGAGGAAGAGGAGGAGGCCGAGGGGGAGCGUUCCGAGGCGGGCACGGACACCCCAGGGGCCAGAGACGGGGACACGGACUCGGUGAGCACCAUGGUGGUACACGACGUGGAGGACCUCGCAGGUGGCGGCAGCGGAGGCUCUGAGAGCUCCUAUGGCGAGGGGACCAUGCUGGUGCAGCGGACGCCCGAGGAGCGGGGCCUGCUCCACAGUGACAGCAACGGCUACACCAACCUACCGGAUGUGGUCCAGCCCAGCAGCCACUCGCCCACCGAGGCCAAGAGCAGCAGCAACGGCUCCUCCUCCCCCGCCAAGGACCCAGCGGCAGACUAUCAGUCGCGGGGCCUUGUCAAAGCGCCUGGGAAGAGCUCCUUCACCAUGUUUGUGGAUUUGGGCAUCUACCAGAGCUCAGGCGGAAGCGGAGACACCGUCCCCAUAACCGCCUUCGACCCCAGUCGGCUCGAGCAGCUGCAGCUGGAAGCCAGGAAAGGCUCCGUGGUCAACGUGAACCCCACCAACACGCGGCCCCACAGCGACACGCCUGAGAUCCGCAAAUACAAGAAGCGCUUCAACUCGGAGAUCCUGUGCGCCGCCCUUUGGGGCGUCAACUUGCUGGUGGGUACAGAGAACGGCCUGAUGCUCCUGGACCGGAGCGGGCAGGGCAAGGUGUACAGCCUCAUCAGCCGCCGCCGCUUCCAGCAGAUGGAUGUCUUAGAAGGGCUCAACCUGCUGACCACCAUCUCAGGGAAGAGGAACAAGCUACGCGUCUACUACCUCUCUUGGCUGCGGAACAAAAUUUUGCACAACGAUCCGGAAGUGGAGAAGAAGCAGGGCUGGACCACCGUGGGGGACAUGGAGGGCUGUGUCCACUACCGCGUGGUGAAGUACGAACGGAUCAAGUUCCUGGUCAUUGCGCUCAAGAACUCGGUGGAGGUCUAUGCCUGGGCCCCAAAGCCCUACCACAAAUUCAUGGCCUUCAAGUCUUUUGCUGACCUGCCUCACCGGCCGCUGCUCGUGGAGCUGACCGUGGAGGAGGGGCAGCGGCUCAAAGUGAUCUACGGGUCCUGUGCCGGCUUCCACGCCAUCGACGUGGACUCCGGCAACAACUACGACAUCUACAUCCCCGUGCACAUCCAGUCCCAAAUCACCCCCCACGCCAUCAUCUUCCUGCCGAACACGGAAGGGAUGGAAAUGCUGCUCUGCUACGAGGACGAGGGGGUGUACGUCAACACCUAUGGGCGCAUCAUCAAGGACGUCGUCCUGCAGUGGGGGGAGAUGCCCACCUCCGUUGCUUACAUCUGCUCCAACCAGAUCAUGGGCUGGGGGGAGAAAGCCAUUGAGAUCCGCUCGGUGGAGACGGGCCACCUGGACGGGGUCUUCAUGCACAAACGGGCCCAGCGCCUGAAGUUCUUGUGUGAGCGAAAUGACAAGGUCUUCUUUGCCUCGGUCCGCUCAGGAGGCAGCAGCCAGGUCUACUUCAUGACGCUGAACAGAAACUGCAUUAUGAACUGGUGAGGGGGGGCCUCAUCCCACCCACCCCCCACCCACUGCCUGUGCUGGAAGGACCAGGAGGAGGAGGAGGAGGAGGGUGGGCGCCCCUCCCUGCUGAGAGACCAAUCCGUGAAGCCGAUGCCUUGACA